UAUGUUUGUUUACUUCCGGUUUGCAAAACGGCAUGGAGGGACUGCAGCUGUUCAGAAAACUUGGAGUUGGUGCUAAAUUUGAUUUGAAAAGAUUUGCAAAGGAUGCAGAGAAACUAAAGAUUAUUUCUAAAGAUUCAAGCUCUCAUAAUACAACAUUUGAGAAAGCAGACAGAAAAGAAACACAUGAGCUGAAGAGGAAAAAUGAUUAUGAAAAUAGUACAUCUCUAUCGAAAAGAGUUAAAGUUGAUUCUGAGUCUUCUGACGAAGAUGACAGUACAUCAGAACCAGAGCCUGAAACAGAGCUACAGAUACUUGGUAAAAUCACAUCUAAAGGUGCAGAACAAAGAAGAGAGAAGAAGAAAAAAGUCAAAACAAAGGAAAAGUUAGCAGCAUUGCAUCAAGAGGAGGUUAACAGAUUACGAAAUCAACAUAAAAUACAUGUUUAUGGAACUGAUAAGCCAGAACCAUUGAAGAGUUUUGAACAUCUUUUAACUAACUACAAAAUGUCAGAUGUCAUCCUGAACAACGUUGCUAAAAUUGGGUACACUGAACCUACACCAAUACAGAGACAGACUAUACCAGCCAUGCUGCAUAGAAGAGAGAUUAUGGCAUGUGCUCCUACAGGAUCUGGUAAGACGGCAGCAUUUAUCUUACCAAUAAUACACCAUCUACGACAACAUAGUAAACAUGGGUUCAGAGCUUUAGUGUUGGCACCAACCAGGGAAUUAGCUAAACAAAUUUACAGAGACUUUCAAAUGAUAUCAGAUGGAACUGGUCUAAAGCUACAUUAUAUAGAAAAAGCUGAUCCAGAAAAUGAAGGGAAGUCAGUAAAGAAAUUUGAUAUUCUGGUGUCAACGCCUAACAGACUGAUAUAUCAGUUGAAUCAAGAUCCACCUCAGAUAGAUUUACACACGGUAGAAUGGUUAAUUGUUGAUGAAUCUGACAAGCUUUUUGAAGAAGGAAAAUCAGGCUUUAGAGAUCAGCUUGCUGUAAUUUACAAGGCAUGUGAUUCUAAGAAUGUUAGAAGAGCAAUGUUUAGUGCUACAUUUGCUUAUGAUGUUGAAGAAUGGUGCCGACUGAAUCUAGACAAUGUCAUACAGGUGUAUGUGGGUGCAAGGAAUUCAGCAACACAGACAAUAGAACAAGAGCUACAGUUUGUUGGAACAGAAUAUGGAAAGUUAUUUGCUAUCAGGGAAAUAAUACGUAAAGGUAUUCAGCCUCCAGUACUAGUGUUUGUACAAUCUAAAGAAAGAGCUCAGGAGUUGUUUAAUGAGCUGAUAUAUGACGGUAUGAAUGUUGAUGCUAUACAUUCAGGCAAAACACAGAUGCAGCGAGAUGAAGUGGUAAUGAAAUUUCGUCUUGGUAAAGUGUGGAUUUUGAUCUGUACAGAACUUAUGGGUAGAGGAAUAGAUUUCAAGGGAGUUAACCUAGUCAUUAAUUAUGAUUUCCCAAACAGUGCAAUAACUUAUAUCCAUCGGAUAGGUCGGACAGGCAGAGCUGGAAGGUCUGGAAAGGCAAUCACAUUUUUCACAGAGGAUGAUCGUAUAAAUUUGAGAAGUAUAGCAAAUGUAAUGGUAGAAGCAGGAUGUCCAGUACCUCCCUAUAUGUUACAGAUGAAAAAACCCACCAAGAAAAAAAGAAGGAGACUAGCUAAAAGAGUACCACAGAGGGAACAUAUUUCAACUGCACUGAAAGCAGAUUUGGAAAAGGCGAAAAAGAAAAGGGAUAUCAUUCGUAAAAUGAAGUUACAGAAGAUAGAAGGUUCUACAGUUGAUAAAAAGAAAUUACGAAGACUUAAAUCAAAAUCCAAGAAUAAGUCAGAUGUAGAUAGUAAAAAUCCAACUACUCAUAAAGUGAAAAAGAAAACUCCAAAAAAUGCAACAGAGAUGAAGAGAUCAAAACAAAACAUUUCAUCAAAUGAUACGGGGAAGAAGUUUAAACAAAAAAAGAAAAACAAAUUAAAAAAUUCUAAAUGAUCUUAAAA